AUGCUAAGUAAGUGGGUAGUUGUGUUUGGAUUUGGUUGGUAAAUAAAUCAAUCAUUGUUUCUUUCCAAGAGGAGGACUAGGUACUAUAUAAAAGUUCUCACACACCAGGUUUCCUCACUCCAAUUGACUUCUUUCCACUGGUUCGUGCUGUGGGACACGGACUCCCCAAGGCCUGGGACGAUGGGUUCCCGUCAGCAGAAGGGUGAUGGCCAUGGGAUCUCUGAACAGUCUGGUGGAUGCCACGGGAGCGGUGGAGGAGGAGGUUCAUGCCACGGGAGUGGUGGAGGAGGAGGUUCAUGCCACGGGAGUGGUGGAGGAGGAUCUACAGGAUACCAGACCCAAGGAUCAUCAUGCCAUGGAGGAGGCAGCAGCGGUGGCGGCGGUGGUGCUAUUUACCAGACCCACAUAUCAUCUUCCUCCUUUGGAAAAGGAGGAGGUUCGGGCCAACAGAGCCAAGGAUCCAUCAGUGGCAGCGGAGGAGGUGGAGGAGGUGGUGGUGGGUCAGGCCACCAUGGACAUGGAUCCAUCUGCAUUAUUGGAGGUGGUAGUGGUGGAGGUGGUGGUGGUGGUGGAGGAGGUGGUGGUGGUUCAGGCCACCAAAGUCAAGGUCCCAUCUGUAUUGGUGGUGGUGGAGGAGGAGGAGGUGGAGGUGGAGGUGGUUCAGGCCACCAGGGCCAAGGCCCCAUCUGCAUUGGAGGUGGUGGUGGUGGAGGCGGAGGAGGUGGUUCCAGCCACCAGAGCCAAGGCCCCAUCUGCAUUGGAGGUGGCAGCAUAGGAGGAGGAGGAGGAGGUGGUGGAGGUGGUUCUGGCCACCAGAGCCAAGGUCCCAUCUACAUUGGAGGAGGUGGUGGUGGAGGUGGAGGAGGUGGUUCCAGCCACCAGAGCCAAGGCCCCAUCUGCAUCGGAGGUGGAAGCAUAGGAGGAGGAGGAGGUGGAGGUGGUUCAGGCCACCAGGGCCAAGGUCCCAUUUGCAUUGGAGGUGGCAGCAUAGGAGGCGGAGGAGGAGGAGAGGGUGGAGGAGGUGGUUCAGGUCACCAGAGCCAAGGUCCCAUCUGCAUUGGAGGUGGUGGUGGUGGAGGUGGUUCAAGUCACCAGGGCCAAGGUCCCAUCUGCAUUGGUGGUGGUGGUGGAGGAGGUGGCGGAGGUGGUUCAAGUCACCAGGGCCAAGGUCCCAUCUGCAUUGGUGGUGGAAGUGGUGGUGGAGGAGGUGGUUCAAGUCACCAGGGCCAAGGCCCCAUCUGCAUUGGAGGUGGCAGCAUAGGAGGAGGAGGAGGAGGAGGGGGUGGAGGAGGUGGUUCAGGUCAGCAGGGCCAAGGUCCCAUCUGCAUUGGUGGUGGAAGUGGUGGUGGAGGAGGUGGUUCAAGUCACCAGGGCCAAGGCCCCAUCUGCAUUGGAGGUGGCAGCAUAGGAGGAGGAGGAGGAGGAGGGGGUGGAGGAGGUGGUUCAGGUCACCAGAGCCAAGGUCCCAUCUGCAUUGGUGGUGGUGGUGGUGGAGGAGGUGGCGGAGGUGGUUCAAGUCAUCAGGGCCAAGGUCCCAUCUGUAUUGGUGGUGGAAGUGGGGGUGGAGGAGGUGGUUCUGGCCACCAGAGCCAAGGUCCCAUCUGCAUUGGUGGUGGUGGUGGUGGCGGAGGUGGUUCCAGCCACCAGGGCCAAGGCCCCAUCUGCAUCGGAGGUGGCAGCAUGGGAGGAGGAGGAGGAGGAGGCGGAGGCGGUGGUUCUGGCCAUCAGGGCCAAGGCCCCAUCUGCAUUGGAGGUGGCAGCAUAGGAGGAGGUGGUGGUGGAGGAGGUGGUUCAGGUCACCAGAGCCAAGGUCCUAUCUGUGUUGGAGGUGGCAGCAUAGGAGGAGGCGGAGGUGGUGGUUCUGGCCACCAUGGUCAAGGAUCCAUCUGCAUCAUUGGUGGAGGCGGCUCAGGUCACCAGAGCCAUGGAUCAUCCUCUUCUGGAGGAGGUGGCAGUGGAGGUGGUUCAUCCAGUUCUGGAGGUCUGUCCAUUCAACAGCAGACCCAGCCAAUCUCCUGGCCACCGCAGACUAAACACAAGUAGCGCCUGCAGAAGGGACUCUCGGAUCAAGAAAGCCCAAGAUGCAAACAUGCAUCACAUUUCUUUCUCUAUUAAAUUUAAGAAUAUUUACAGUAUUCUUUUCUCCUCUUCUUUGGAAUUUUUCUGUUCAGCUCUCCAGCUGACCAGAGCCCCUGGUGUUAUGUACCAAUAACCUCCAGACAGCAUUGUUUCAUAUGUCUGUCUUCUGCCUAAAUUUUCUAGUGCUUGCACAAAACAAUAAAACUUGCAGUUCUAGAGCG